ACCCAGAGGUCUGACUGACUAAAUGGCGGCGUCCCCGAAGCCGGCUACCGGGGGCGUUGAAGAGGCCGCCGCGGAAGAGGAACCGCGAAUUCUGGAACCCGGGGCAGCCCCAUUUGGAAAUUUCCCUCAUUAUUCCCGCUUCCAUCCUCCAGAACAGCGGCUCCGCCUCUUGCCCCCGGAGCUGCUUCGCCGGCUUUUCCCUCAGAGUCCCGAAUCGAGGCCGAUCCUGGGGCUCGACGUAGGGUGUAACUCUGGGGAUCUGAGUGUGGCUCUAUACAAACACUUCCUUUCCUUACAUGAUGGGGAGACCUGCUCAGAUGCCUCAGGAGAACUCCAUCUACUCUGCUGCGACAUAGAUCCAGUCCUGGUGGAACGAGCUGAAAAAGAAUGCCCUUUUCCUGAUGGCCUGACCUUUAUCACCCUGGACUUUAUGAAUCAAAAGACUCGGAAAGUUCUCUUGAGCUCUUUCUUAAACCAGUUUGGACGCUCAGUUUUUGACAUUGGCUUCUGCAUGUCAAUAACCAUGUGGAUUCAUUUGAACCAUGGGGACCAUGGUCUGUGGGAGUUCCUGGCCCACCUUUCCUCCCUCUGCCGCUACCUCCUUGUGGAGCCACAACCCUGGAAGUGUUACCGGGCAGCUGCAAGGCGUCUCCGGAAGCUGGGCCUCCAUGACUUUGACCACUUCCGUUCCCUUGCCAUCCGAGGUGACAUGGCCAAUCAGAUUGUGCAGAUAUUGACCCAGGACCAUGGCAUGGAAUUAGUAUGCUGCUUUGGCAACACCAGCUGGGACCGAAGCCUUCUGCUCUUCAGGGCAAAACACACCACUGAGGCUCAUCCAAUUCCCGAAUCACUGGUAGAGGAAGGGAAAGAAAAGAACAGAUUAAGAUUCUGGAGACAGUGAGAUGGGAGGGUGGGAAGACGAGGAUAGAGAUAUUGAAAGAGUGAUAUACUAAGAAUUAAGUUAACUCUCCUUAAUUUGUGAUUAUAAGGCAGCCUAAAAACCUGAUAGAUACUUUUGGCAAAAUGUCCAAGACAUGCAAUUGCAAGAAUCAGUAUCUGUUCCCCACUGAGUUGAUUCUGGAAGAAGAGAAUACAUCUGUGGAGCAAUGAGCUGGGUUCUCCGGAUUGAGAUGGCGUAGAGAAAGUGAUCCUGGUUCUAGGAUACAGAAGGGGCUGUUCUAGUGGUUAGAGACUUAGCCCAGGCCUGCCUUAGAAUGUGUCUGUUCCAUGGGCAACUUGAAUCUGAUCUGGCUUCUUCAGGCUUUUGCUGGACUUCUUAUCCUACCUUCAGGCAAAACUUCACAAUACAAUCUGGAAUGAAGAGUCUCUGGCUUGGCUAAAGGAGAGGGUUAGUAUGAAAAACAUCUUAUCUUUCCAGAGCAGGUCACAUAUCCAGCAUGCCCAGGCUCAGCACAGCAGGUAACAGAUACUACUAGCCAAAAUGCACUGGCUAGCAUUUAUAAGAUGUUUAAAAUAUUUAAAAUAUCCAGCUGGUACAAAUGAAAUGAAUGAAGUGGGACUGUACAAUUACAUAUAAUAAAAGUGACUUGUGUAUGAUUGAGAA